AUGUCAGAGCCAGCAGAGGAACUCUCCAAUAAGCCCUUCGUGGCCCGGUUGUCCAGUGUUUACCUUAGCAUCUUGGCACUGUUCUGCUUUAAGCUCUUUGUUAAGAUCUCUCUCAACUUGCUGACAUACUUCUACAUUGUCCGUGGGAACCGCAAAGAGGCUGCCAGGAUAUCAGCAGAGUUCUAUGAUUAUGGCCAACGACACAGAUCCUGGGCGAACCGCUCACCCGUCCACGAUGCUGCGUGUCAGGGCCGCCUCCUGGCUUUGAAGAACCUUAUUUUACAGGGUCACAGUGUGAAUGUUCUGACUAUAGACCAUGUGACACCCCUUCACGAGGCCUGUGUCGGGGACCAUGCCGCUUGUUCCAGAGCUCUCAUUGAUGCAGGAGCAAAUGUCAAUGCUUUUACAAUUGAUGGAGUCACCCCUCUGUUCAACGCCUGUACAGCGGGCAGUGUGGCAUGCACUGAAAUUCUUUUGGAAAAUGGAGCAAAUCCCCAGAGCCUUAUAUACCAUCCAUCACCAAUCCAUGAAGCUACCAGUAAAGGUCAUUACGGUUGUGUGGAGGCUCUGGUGACUUGGGGGGCAGAUGUGGACAUGGACAUUCCUCACCUGGGCACAGCGCUCUACACAGCCUGCGUCUGCCAAGAGCUGGAGUGUGCCAGGAAACUCCUGAGGGAAGGUGCAAGUGUACAGAAAGGCAAAUACCUGGAUUCACCCUUACAUGCAGCUGCAGAAAAAGAUUGCCCAGCUGUAGUUAGGCUGCUGCUGGACUUUGGUGCGGACAUUAAUGCCAGGAACAUCGAGUUUCAGAGGCCGGUAGACGUGGCUCCACCCAGCAGUGUAACAGAGGGCUUCCUACUGAUAUAUGAAGUUACACCACGACGGCUGAACCAGCUGUGUCGUCAGUGCAUCAGGAGCUGCGUCGGCCGUGACAGACUCCACCUUCUUUCCCACCUCCCCCUGCCCAACAGGCUACGGAACUACCUGCAGUACCAAUGACAGACAGAAGAAUCAAACUGCCCGCCUUAAUAGGAUCUACCGAAAUAAGCCUUUCCUUCAAUUGUGGCUAUGUCAAUUAAGUGACUCAGUAGC